UUCAGUUCAAAAAAUUUCUUCGACAGAAGCGGUUGCUGCGCGGUUUUGCUCGCGGAUUGUUUUCGAUAGAGCGGCUGCGUUAUUGCCGUUUUUCAAAUAUAUUACUCUAUAUAAUCGUGCGUAACGAAAUUCGAAAUACAUAUAUGGAUUUGAAAAAUGUAAAUAUUAAAUUUAGUCACCAGAUAGAGUGACGAAACUGUGAGUGCGUGACGAUCGUAUCUUUCAGAUACGUUUUAUGAAUGAGCGCGGGUGUGAACGAAUUUCUCGGAGUCAACACAAAAACAGAAAACAAAAAACCAACGCGAUAAACAGAGGCAGACUCACACGAUCGCGAUUUAAAACAACACUCUCCAUUUAACAAUAAAGAAAUCGUUUGUUUUCCUAAACAACAAAUAAGAGAAAAUAUGAAAAACAAGCUCGCAAAUUGCAGUUGCAAACAAAACAAACGCUUCGUUUGUAGGGCUUGAAUUUCGCACGGGUUUCUAUAUAAAGUUAAUAAAAAAAAAUAUUUACUCUUUUUACUCAUUUUUUCCUUUCAUCAAAAAGCAAAGAAAACUUUAAACAGGAAAAAAUAUAAAGCUAAAUAGUGCAUAAAAAUCGGUUUUCUUUGCGGUUCGGUUCCGUUUUCAUACAGUGUGCGUGUGUUUCUGUUUCUGUUUCUGUUUCCCCCCUAUCUAUAUCUCUCCCUUUCUGCCACUGCCUCAGCCGUCUCUCUCCCUCUCGCGAGGGAGAACGUGUGCUUUUGUUUUCGAUUACGUUUACUACAUUUUUUGUACGCCCCAUAGAAAAAAACAUGACGAAAUGUUGUUGUUGAAAACGAGAAAUAAAUACAAGUGAUUACAAAAAAAAAAAAUUUACAAAUUUACCAAAAAGAAAUGGAAUAAAAAACGAAAUAACGAAAUUCAAAGAGAAAUUAUACGAAAAGAAAAGUUUUUGUGAAGAAAUAUACAAAAGCGAAAUUCUAUUUGGUGUUUAUGGAAUUUUCGAAGGUGUUGUGAAAGCAAAAGAUAUAUUAAAUCUAAAGCAAAAGUAAGAGAUACUCUCUUCCCGACCGACGAUCAGCAGCUGGAAACCCAUCUAAAAAGUUUUGGAGUCUCCGGGACAAUUUUUGCAUGAAAAUUGCAGCGAAAAAGAAUCACCCUGCAUGGCUAUACGACAAUGUCCAAUGCUCGCGAGCUGGCAUUGAUCGAGAAAUGGGCUGACAUUGCUACGCCGGCGACGCCGAAUCGGCCGACAUUAUCGCCAACAUCGCCGCCAGCGCUCCAUCGAUCCAUCGUGAAAUUCUGCUGCUGCCCCCAGCGCAGGCGCUACAAUCUCAAGCAGGCCAAGAGCAACAGCAACAACAAUAAGUCGACGGUGAACACGCUGCAUGCCAGAAAUAUAUUCGUCGAUAGCGAUUUCAGCUAUAUUGAUGAUGUGCCGCGGCGACGCCAAGAUUGCCACAGCGAUUACGACGAUUGCAACUACGAAUGUGGCGGCGAUAAAGCAGAUGAUGAGGCCAAUGAUAUCGCUGCUCCACCAAGAGACGACGGAAAUGUGGCGCUGAUAUUAAUGAAUCAACGAAAUCUGGCCGAACAAUGGCGGCAGGACAACAAAGGCAAAAGCAACAGCAGCAGCAGCAACAGCAACAAAGUAACAGCAACAGCAACAGCAACAGCAGCAGCAACUAAAACUUGCGCUGUCACAAAGAGCCCGCAAAGUGGCAAUGAGCAACAGCAACACCAGCAGCAGCAACGACAACCAACCCAAAGACUAAGCAAUAGCUUGCAACAGCAAAAGCAACAGCAACAGCAGCAACAACACCAACAAUUGCAACAGCAACAUAGCAAUAAGGAAAAUACACUAAGCUACGACAACAACAACAAGCCGCACUGUAAUUAUUGUAAAUUACCCGACACCGCCGAGCCCCAAACGAAUAGCAAUAGCAACUCGAAAAUUGAUUCACCGAAGUCGUCGCAGAAUAAAAUGACAAUUACGACAGCAACAGAAACAGCAACGGCAACGGCGGCAACAGCAACAACAGCGACUAGCGAGUGUGGGCUGCCAGCAGCAACAACAGCAACAGCAGCAACAUCAGAAGAGUUUGUGGGUGCUGCCACAGAAGUGCUGUGCAGCGAUAAAGCAACAUUGACAGCAACAACAAAAACAACAACAGAAACACCUAAGCCCCGCAUUGCAGCGCGUCCGACCACGCCCAGCCGCCUUAAGACUGUGAUCAAAACGACAAUGGUGAAGCGAAGUCCUAGCCAUGACUCAACGGCAACAGCAACACAUGUGUUGCUGCCAAACAGCUGCAACAGCAACGGCCACAGCAGCAACAUUGGAGCUCAUGACGAGCCCAGACGUUCGGUUAGGGAGCGCAUCGCCGCCUUUGCGGCAGGAAAUGAACAAUGCAAGGCAACGCGGCAACAUGACAAAGUCAAGAAGUUAACCAAAAUGCAGUGCAAUAGCAAUACAAAUCAAAACAACAUGACAGGAGAAGAUGUGAAAAGUGCAAUUAGCAACAGCAGCGGCAACAGCAACAGCAACAACCAACAGCAGCAGCAGCAGCAACAUCAAACGCUUAUCAACGGCCAGGCAGUGACUAUGCCGGCAGCAACAGGAGGAGUUGCAGGAGCAACAUCUACGGCAGCAACAUCAAGCCGCACGUCAGCAAUCGCCGCUGACACGACGCGCUACAAAUCGGGAUUAAGUGAUGUGGCGGCCAACGGAGACGUUGAUGGUCGGCCAACUUCAUCUGCCACCACAUCUGAAGUUGCUGCUGCUCCAACUGCCGCUCCGAGCGUUUUUAGCACCGGUUGUGCAACCAUGCCGCGAACUCGCCAAUACGGAAGCAAUGGUGCUGCUGCUGGAGCUGUUGCUGCUGCUGUUGCAACAGGAGCAACGCCAGCCAGCAACACCAUGACAGCUGAUAAGAAAUUCUUAAGUCAGGCGGCGCCCGUUCAGGGGCAUCAUCAUCAUAAGCUGCAAUUUGUCGAUAAGGCCGACUCCGAAUUGGCCGCAUUGGACAAUCUAGACCUGGCUCACAGUCUCGAUUUAUUGGACGUCGAUGGCGAGGAUCCGUACGGAGCUUUGCAGGAAUAUUUGGAGCGUGUCAAGCGGGAAAUCAACGAGGUCUUCGAGACUCGCAAGCUGCAGCGUUUGGAGCAGCAACUCCGUGAGCAACUGGAGGAGCGGCUAUCGCAGGCUGGAGUCCAGCCGCUUGAUGAAUUGUCUCGUUCCACGGGAUCAGAUAGCGGCUUUGACAGCAGCAGCACCACAGCAACAUCAGGCACACCAGCAGCAGCAACAGCUCCAGUAGGAGCAGUCACAUCGGGCAAACCAGUGACAACUAAACUAAGGGCAUUGCCACCUCCGCCCCUUAGUCCCGUCAAAACUCCGACGAAAUCCCUACCCACUCCACCUGCCGAGUCGGACGAUGUUAACGUUUGGGCCUGCAAGUUCCUAUGUGAUCUGGACAGCCUGAUGGCCGCUGGCGAUAAGCUGCCCCCGCAUUUGGCGGCCCUGGCCGAAGGAUCCGGUUCCGGUUCGGCCAACAGUUCGCCCACCUCCCGGACAGCACCCCUCCUCCUGUCCGCAGCUGCCUCGGCGGCCAUCCAGAGUCGUUACGGCAAGGGCUCAUCCAUCAUGGAACAUCAGCAGCAGCAGCAGCAGCAGCAAAAUGGACUCGUCUUGAAACCAGAGAAGCACACCACCAUUCCAUUGCAAUCGUUUUACCUUGAUUGCGGACGCAACGAGGCAUCGCCGGCAACCAAAUCGAAUGUUGCCUACAUGCGCACCCUGUCGGCGCCGAAUGGUGGAUUCAGCGGUGGAAGAGGAGCUGGAGUUGAAGCUGGAGGAUCUGGCGUUGCAGGCCUCCCCCCUCAGAGUCAGCGCAAGAGUCUGGCCUGCCCGCCGCUUAAUGGCCAAGCGGACACAAUAACUUUGACACCGGCAACUCAUAAGCUGACAAAUUUCCAAAGCGCAUUGAAAAUCGAAGAGAUGGCCAAGGGAACGGCGACGGCGAUGGCAACAGGUGAACCAUCGACGACGACCACCACCAUCGAGGAUUUGAAAUCUAGGCGACAGCGACAAUUGAGCGGCGGCGACAUGGAGACAAUGCUGGCCUCCCAGCCGAUGUCGAUGCCAAAACGGGUGGGCAUUAAUCAUGCGGCGCUGACGAGCAGAAAUGCCAUAACCCCGCCGCCGGCAUCCUCAGCUUCAUCCGCAUCCCAAACAGCCGUCUCGGUUCACUCGGCCAAAGGCUCCGCUGCCGCCACACCCGGCUAUCUGGUUGAUGUGACCAAAAAAGGAUCCACGUCGACCAUUUGGACCUCGGAGGAGUCCAUUCUGCGCAGCGUUGGCGCCGUCGAUGAAGACAAUAACUCCACUUCGUCUUCCUCGGCCUGUGAGGAGGCAACGGGCGUGCUUAGUUCCGGGAAAUCGGGCAUUUCACUGGACUCCUCUGGACUGGACAACGAUAAUAAUGAGAGUGGCAUUGGCACGGCCACGCCGCCAAAGGAUAUGUCUCACUACUGGAAGAGCCACCAUCUGCAGCACCAUCAUCAUCAUCAUCAUCACAGGAAGUGUGCCGGAAGUGCUCCGGACAAUGAAUCUGUGAGCAGUUUGGAGGCAUUGCGUAAGAUGCAGUUCCAGAAGAGCGGUUCGGUGGCCUCAUCUGAUGAUCCUGAUCUCCUCGAGGUCCUCAGCCAAUGUGGCAGUGGUGGCGAGGCAGCAAAUGAAUCACAGGAUGACAUGUUGGACGAGGAGAAAGAUAAGGCGUGCAAGUCCCAAAUCUACGAUGAAAUUCAAGUCUUUGAUUGGGAUUGCGACUGCACCGAUGGCGAUGCCAGUAGUGCCAGUGGUGGAGGUGGCGUCACUGUCACUCCAGUCGUGCUCCGACGCAAGUACACGGCCCCACCGCCUAUUCUCGUGCCCCGAACUUAUAGGAGCCACUCCCUGGACCAUUACCAUUCACCACAACCACUUGUCCAUCCGAGAAAGGUUCUGCCCAUCCACCAGCAUGCCAUGAAGCAUAAGGAAAAGGGACAACUUUCGCUGGUUUUGCGACAGGAACCAUUCCAGUCGCUAUUGAGUCCGUCGACAACCGCCGCCAAUCAGCUGCAUCACUUUGUGGAGUUGCCAUCACCUAGCAGUGCCUCGUUGCACAGUGGCCUGGGUGAUACUGGUGCCAUCCAGGAGCUGUCCACCAAAUCAAACUCGGCGCCGAUGCUGCUUAAAGAGCGCGAGAUGGGCAGGCGAUUUGAUAACUUUGAAGCUCAGAAUUUGACGUUGCGCUAUUCUCGUUCCCAAAGUGAUCGCUAUUUAGCAGAAAUCGAAGCUGUGGAGGCUUGCAAAUGGCUGCGAGCUGCAGGUUUUCCGCAAUAUGCACAGAUGUACGAAGAUCAUCAAUUUCCGAUCGAUCUGAACAAUGUAGCCAAAGAUCACACCAAUCUAGAGAACGAUCAGCUGCAGUCCCUAUACCGCCGGCUCUGCGUCCUUAAUCGUUGUGCCACCAUGCGGCUGGAUCAGUCCCACAAACCGCAAACACCACAGCAGAAGGAGGAAUCGGAUGAUGAGAACUUCGCUCUGAGCGAGCACUGGACAUUCCAACCGCACAUUCGUCGCUGGUCGCGAAUUGGAGAGAUGGGCCUAGAGCUGCCGCCUCCCGGCCUCCUGAGCUUAAACGUGGAGAAGACAGAGAGUUCCUCCAAGGAAUCCAGUCCAGAUCGCUUCGAGGAAGAUGGUGCCGGAAUCACCCUAGUGAUUCCCGGUUGCAGCAAGGCCAGUAGUGGUAGUGUGGCCACCGAUGGCUCUUUAGGCGAGGGCUCCGAUAGCGGUCGCUUGAGGAGAAGUGGCAGCGAGAGGAUCAAGGAUCAAGCUAAAGCCUUGCUAAGAAGAGUAGAGUCCAUAAAAUCCCGACGUCGCAAACGACAGAAUCGCGAGAAUGUGGUUAUCAGUGGACCAACAGUUCUGGAUCUAACACAUUUCGGUCAGAGGAGUAGCUUGCGUAAACCGGAUGCCGUAUAUUCCACCCCGCCCUCACCAUCGGCCUUGAGCCCCAUGCACACAUUCCCCAAAGCGCCGUUCUUCGGCAACGACCUCAAAGUGCCCAGUCACAGUGACAACUUCCUGAGUCCCAAUCGCUCUAGUCCGAAAAGGACACCGACUACUCCAAGAUCGAUGAGGACCAGCCCGUUGCACUUCUUCUCCAGUCCCAUGUCGCAAUUGAAGGAAGGCAAAUCCGAUGAUUCCUCAUCCUACUAUAGCGAUAGUCAAGAAUCCUCAACAGGAGGAAAAUUAUCCCUGCGAAAACCCUCCAAGGCUCGAAGAUUCCUUCAGCGAACGGGUAAAGUCGAUGAUAUAGGUGCUCAUUCCGAUUCCGAGUGUCAUCAGGGACGAAAACUCCUGAUCAAGGAUGCCAAUUCCAAUACCACCGAGGUUAAGAUCAAGAAAUUAACCCGCGGAGGAUCACUGAACCUGGGCAAAGAUCCCAAGAAGCGCGAUGGUUUCCGUUCGUCAUCGUUCCGUUCGCGCAGCACCUCGCGCAAGGAGCCCAAGAACGAUGAGGAGCAGGCUGGUGGUGCCACAAAUGGUGGAUCAAAGCGGCAACCCGUCGUUCGCUGGCACAGUUUCCAAAUGGAGGAACGUCCCAAUAUGAUAUUCCGGAAGUGUUUCUCCAAGAAAAUCGAGCCACUUCAAGAAGAUGCGGGUGGCAUGCCCUUUGCUGCCAUGUCGGCGGGUCAAUUGCAAAUUAUCCGUAAGCUGGCACUGGUCACUUUAACUGGUCACAUGGAGAGGUACUGCCCGUCUCAUAGAUCGGGUUGGAACUGGGAACUGCCAAAGUUCAUCAAGAAAAUCAAGAUGCCGGAUUACAAGGAUAAGAAGGUGUUUGGAGUGCCUCUUCUAAUGAUCCUCCAGCGAAGCGGACAAACUCUUCCCAUGGCUGUGCGUGCUGCUUUUCGCUGGCUGCAGCUAAAUGCCCUCGAUCAAGUUGGAAUUUUCCGGAAAAGUGGAGGAAAGUCGAGGAUCAUCAAGCUGCGUGAACAAAUCGAAGUCACCGAUUCCACCGCCGAGUGCAUGGAUGUCUUUGAUCUGCAACAGGCCUACGAUGUGGCCGAUAUGCUGAAACAGUAUUUCCGCGAGCUACCCGAAUCUCUGCUGACCACCAAGAUGUCCGAGACCUUUGUGGCAAUCUUUCAACAUCUUCCUGCUGAAGUGCGUCUGGAUGCUGUCCAAUGUGCCGUGCUUUUACUUCCGGAUGAAAAUCGUGAAAUCCUGUACGUGCUACUGGAAUUCCUGACCAUUGUGGCGGCCAACUCACAGCAGAACCAGAUGACUAGCAACAAUCUGGGUGUGUGCCUGGCGCAAUCCAUUUUCCACUCGUCCAUUUCAACGGGCUCUGCUUCCGUUUCCGCCUCACCACGUCGCAAAGGCAAGGGUUCCGGAAUGCCGGACAUGAAGGAGCUGGCGGAGGCGAAGGCAUCGCACGAGUGCCUGUCAUUUAUGAUUGAGCACUACAAGCAGAUUUACACGGCGGCCAAGGAAAAGCUGAGCAAAUGCAACUUUAGCUACAUGGAGGAAUCGAAACCACUGCCUCUGGAGGCUCUGGGAGAAGGAAUGCAGUUCCACAAUUGGCGGGGAUAUCUCUAUGAGUGCACUAGUGCUACGAUCAAGGAGGGUCGCGAGAAAACCCGUGGCUGGUUUAGCAUAAAUUCGCUGAAUGACAGCAAUGUGGACAUUGCCUACAAGAAGGUGGGCGAUGGUCAUCCACUGAGACUCUGGCGCUGCUCUACAGAGAUUGAAGGACCACCAAAGGAGGUUCUUGAGUUCGUGAUCAAGCAGCGUGCCUCUUGGGACACGAAUUUGCUGCAAUGUCAGACAGUCAAGAAACUGGAUGAUCGCACGGAGAUCUAUCAGUAUGCCUUGGACGGCCAGUUGACCACGGACUUUUGUGUCUUGCGUUCCUGGCAAACCGAUUUGCCACGUGGUGCCUGCGUUAUUGUGGAGACAUCCAUAGAUCAUGCCAAGGCCAAGCCCCUAUUCGGUGCAGUAAGGGGAGUGGUUUUAGCCUCGCGGUAUCUCAUCGAGCCCUGUGGCAGUGGCAGGUCAAGGGUUAUGCAUCUGGCCAGAGUGGAUGUGAAGGGCAAGACACCGGAAUGGUACAACAAGAACUACGGACACAUCUGCUCUCAUUACUUGUCCCGCAUUCGAUUGGCCUUCAAACACGUGGCCGAUGGACCCGAAAGCAAGGUCUAAAGGAUUACUAAACAAAUGAAAAAAAAAAAACAAGGAUAUAUUCAUCUGUUCGGAUGGAUGUUUGCUGUAUUCGUUGUCUGUCGCAAAACUGACGCAUUUAUACGUAAAUAGAAGAUAGCUGGAGGAUGAAGAUAGGCCCCCACUUCGAACAACCCAACGAUUACGCAAGAAAAUUCAAUUAAACCCACGGACCACAGAACAUGAGCUUGAGUUUCAUCCAUCAAAAUGAAAGAUGAAGCUAGAUGAGAGAGAGAAUAUAUAUAGAGAUAUAUUCUUGUAAAUACACUUAGUAGGUUUCUUAAUUUAGUUUUCGAUUUAGAAUUAACUAUUUAGUUUACUGUAUUAUAUUUAUACGUGGUCCUAAUUUAUACGCAUAAUUUUACUGUACGACAAUAGCAAUCUAACAUCCAAAAUACUCAACACACGUAAAUAUCACAAAGUAUAUCUUUAACGAUUUCUCUUGCUAAAGUCUAGACGUCUACGUUUACGGCACUCCAAAUCUUUAAUGUUAAUUAGUUUGUAGUCUUGGCAAUAUGUUAAAACGUAUAUUCGGGAAAAAUAAGAAAACAGAGAAAAGGAAAAACAGAGAAAAGCAGAAAAAGCAAACCUUAAAAUGUGUAAAGCAAAUUCAACUAGUCAAAUUUUAUAAAUUUAAGUUAAAGUACUAACCCCAAAAUACACUCAUCAAGAUGACCACAGUUUUUGUGUCCGGAGUUAACUAUUGAUUUGGCUUCAGAUAUUGAUUGAUUCAUUGAUUGAUUGAUUGACACCGCAUUACCUGAAUAUGUGUCUGUGUUGAUCCAAUAAAAUGUACGAUUAUUUCCAUUAUGCGGUGUAAAAUCGGAAUUAUUAUCACUAUCAUUAGUUUAUGGAUGUGCCCUAAGAUCCCCGAUCAAUAUAUAUAUAUAUAUAUACACUAUACUAUAUACUAUAGUUUUAUAUGUGUCUAUAAAUACGCUACCACAUAAAUUUAUUAUCGAAUGUACGAGUUACCCAUGAAUAUCGGUAAUGACAAAAAGGAAAAACCAGAUUUGAAAACACAGAAACUAACCAAUGUCAAGUGUAUAGAGAAGAGCUGUAACUCAAAUAUUCGAUGCAUAAAGGAAAUCGCAAUAAAAGUACAUAUUAUGGAAAUGCGAACAAUAUAAACCAAA